UUUCGACACCCUCCGAUGAAAUCUUAAUUUUUAUUGUUUUUCUUUCCACUCUUUUUAUAAUAACACACACACCUUCCUCUUCUUCUCUUUCUCACAGACUCGCACUCUAAAUAAGAAGAAAAAGGUUCCUUGUGGCUCAUCAAAGAUGCCCAAGGCAUCAAAUGAUAUGAAAAGGGAAGGUCAAAUCACAGAACUUCCCUUGUUUUGAUCUAUUCGCAGGUACCUCACUCAAAAGCCAUAAAAGAGAAAGAGAAGGAAGGUGUGUCUCUGCAAGUAUACUAUAAGAAAGAUAUAUAUGGAGUCCUCAAGUGCAGCAGAACUGAUAGAUAACAACCUCUAAUGAUAUAGAAGAUAUACUUACACACCACAGUACCCCCACCACCAAUCAAGAAAGAACACAAUCAAUAUAUAUGUACUAGCACAUGAAUUAACUAGUCAAGUGAUUUCCUGUUAGCGCAAUUUUUUAAUUUUUCUUCCUUCGUGUGAAUAAAAUGAGGGCUCAUAAAUACUUGUAUGUUUGGAUAAUAUGAGUGAAUAAAGAAGGGUAUAUUUCUCUUAGCCUUUUUAACCCCAUCUUUCUCUUUACAACUCCUUUUCCUUCUCAAAGAGGGAGUUGCUGAGAUUUGAGUCUGACAAAGGUCUUUCCUCUCAAGUAGUGAAGAGACUGUUAAAUCCAUAGAUAGAUCAUACAAGAAACAGGUGGCUGUGUGUGCGUGCUCCUUUGUGUUUUUCAAGUAUAUAUAAACACACACAUAUACGAGUGUCCUCCCCUUUCCUUAUCUCAUGUAUUUUAGCCUCAACUGUAUAUACUUCCCUCUCUCCCUCCCUCUCAAAAUUCAUGGGCUUUAGGUCAUUGUAAGUGAAAAAUUGUUCUUUCCGCUUGAAGUGCAGAUGAUCAUGAAGCACGUGCACACUCAGUUUUCCAUCACAACAGGCUUACAGUAAGAAGAGAUCAACGCAGUUUCUAUAAAACUCGAUCCCAUCUGUUUCUAACACUUCGUUUUUGAUGGGUUGAUCACAAAUUCCACUCUCAUAAAGAUACAAGACUGAACAUAGUUUUUCGAGAAAACCAAUCCGAUGGCGACAUACUUUCAUGGGAAUCCUGAAAUCCAAGCAGCUGCUGCAUCAGCGGAAGGUCUUCAAACUCUUGUGCUUAUGAACCCUACUUAUGUCCAAUACUCUGAAACCCCUCCACCACCACAAUCCAACAACCUUGUAUUCCUUAACGCCGCUGCUUCUGCUGCUGCCAACAGCCUCUCUCCUCCGCCGCACCUCUCGGGCCACGCGCCAUCGAACACCCAACAAUUCGUCGGUAUCCCUUUGGACCCUAACUCCCAUGAGGCUUCUACUUUGCAUGGACUUAUUCCCCGUGUCCAUUACAAUUUUUAUAAUCCAAUUGACUCUACAUCGACUGCGCGUGAAACACCACGCGCCCAACAAGGCCUGUCUUUGAGCCUCUCCUCACAACAGCAAGGCGGUUUUGGAUCACAGGCUCAAGCUAUGUCUGGUGAAGAUAUAAGGGUGUCUGGUGGGUUGGUGUCACCAGGUUCGGGUGUGACAAAUGGGGUACCGGGUAUGCAAGGGGUCUUGUUGAGCUCAAAGUACUUGAAGGCCACUGAAGAGCUACUUGAUGAGGUUGUUAAUGUGAAUAGUAAUGGAAUCAAGAGUGAAUUGUCAAAGAAGAGUAACGGGAUUAGUAGUAAUAAUAGCAAUAAGGUGAUUGGAGAGUCAUCAACCGGAGAAGGGUCUGGCGAAGGAGAAGCAAGUGGGAAGCGCGGACCGGAGCUUUCCACUGCAGAGAGGCAGGAAAUUCAUAUGAAGAAGGCUAAGCUUAUGAGCAUGCUCGAUGAGGUGGAGCAGAGGUACAGGCAGUAUCAUCACCAGAUGCAGAUAGUGAUUUCCUCGUUUGAGCAAGCAGCAGGAAUUGGUUCAGCAAAGACAUACACAGCCCUUGCAUUGAAAACAAUCUCCAAGCAGUUUAGGUGCUUGAAAGAUGCAAUAACAGGUCAAAUUAAAGCUGCAAACAAAAGCUUAGGUGAAGAGGAUUGCUUAGGAGGAAAGAUUGAAGGUUCAAGGCUCAAAUUUGUCGAUCAUCACCUUCGACAACAGCGUGCACUUCAGCAGUUGGGAAUGAUCCAGCACAAUGCUUGGAGACCCCAGAGAGGAUUGCCUGAAAGAUCAGUUUCAGUUCUCCGUGCUUGGCUCUUCGAACACUUUCUCCACCCCUAUCCCAAGGAUUCAGACAAACACAUGCUCGCAAAACAAACAGGGCUCACGAGGAGCCAGGUGUCUAAUUGGUUCAUAAAUGCUCGAGUUCGACUUUGGAAGCCAAUGGUAGAAGAAAUGUACAUGGAGGAAAUUAAGGAACAAGAACAGAAUGGAUCAGAGGACAAAACAAGCAAGAGCGAACACAAUGAAGAUGCUGCUUCAAGGUCAGUUCUGCAAGAGAAAGGUUCAGUUAACGGAAAUCUAACUAGAAGCUUCAAGUCCUUGGACAAUUCACCGGAUGCUCCUUCUGCAAUCUCAAUACCCACAUCUUCAACAUCUCCUGUUGGGGGAAAUCUCCGAAACCAGUCUGGAUUUUCCUUUAUGGGGUCAUCAGAAUUAGACGGGAUCACACAAGGGAGCCCAAAGAAACCAAGAAGCCAUGAUUUGAUACAAUCCCCAACUAGUGUGCCAUCCAUUAACAUGGAUAUCAAGCCUGGCGAGGCAAACAAUGAGCAGGUUUCUAUGAAAUUCGGCGAUGAGAGGCAGAGUAGGGAUGGCUACUCAUUCAUAGGAGGCCAAACCAACUUCAUUGGAGGUUUUGGGCAAUAUCCAAUGGGGGAAAUUGGGAGGUUUGAUGGAGAGCAGUUCACGCCAAGGUUUUCUGGCAAUGGUGUCUCUCUCACUCUUGGGCUACCUCAUUGUGAAAACCUCUCCUUAUCAGGUACUCAUCAAACUUUUCUUCCAAACCAAAACAUUCAACUGGGAAGAAGAGUAGAGAUCGGCGAACCAAACGAGUAUGGAGCCCUUAACACAUCCACGCCUCACUCUUCAACUGCAUACGAGAGCAUUGACAUUCAGAACCGAAAGAGGUUUAUAGCACAACUGUUGCCAGACUUUGUGGCCUGAUACAUUAGGACAAAGAGGCCGAGGCUUCAGAAUCUCUUUUCACUGUUCCAUGUAUUGCUAAGGAACAAGGAAGAUGCAUGGUAGUGUAAAGAAAGAAGAAAAUUUACUUAGUAUAGGUCUAUACUUGGCAUAGAACCAUUGAGUUCUAAGACAGCUUAGGAUUUAGUAUAUGGUUGAGGAUUGUAUAUUAUUUUUGUAAGUUCUGAAGAUGGAUAGAUGGAUUGGUGUCAUAACAGUUAGUUAUUGGGGUAUACCAACGUAGUAUAUUGAUUGUGAGAAAUCAUGAUGUCAUCGUGUAUUUCAUCAAAUAAAGAGAAGUAUGUAUGAAGUGUGACACUCAA